AUGGCCCAGUUUGAGACCCUGAAUGCAAUGGUGUCACCCAGGAGAGCAACGAGAGGAAGUGCGGGUCUCGAUCUCAGUUCUGCCACCCGACUCAUAUUAACCCCAUGCAUGGGCAUCCAGCUGGUGGAUACGGAUUUCAAAGGCCCAUUACCGGCCGAUACAGUGGGGUUUAUUUUAGGGAGAAGCUCGGUUACUAUGCAAGAAUUAAUAAUUCAUCCGGGAGUGAUAGAUCCAGAUUUUACCGGACAAAUUAAGAUAAUGGUAUCUUCCCCUAGAGGCAUUAUUGCCAUUUCUUCUGGGGAUAGGAUAGCUCAAUUGCUUCUUUUAUCUACUGUCAUUCUCAAUUUCCUGAAAAAGAUUCAGAACGUGGGGACAAGGGCUUCGGCUCAAGAGGGAUUUCUAAUGUUUUUUGCUCUUUGGAUCUUGAUACCCGACCUUUAUUAA